GCCCGAAAUUCCCACUUGGCCACCAAGCCCCCGGCUCCCGGCUCCCGGCUAAAUGUCCGUCUCAGGGCGCCCCAGGGCCAGUCACAACAAGCGAACUGUCGAGGCCGACUUGACUGCAAAGUCUGGUGUUCCCGUUCCGGUGGGCGGGACACGGGCCAAACCGAUCCUUGGCAGCGCCGUCGUCGGUAG